AUGUAUUUUGGAGGUUUUUUUGCAAUUACGUCGCUGAAUUAUGUUAUACUUAUUUUUCUUUCCCUCUGGACAUCUGUGUUUAGCAACUUCUUUGACAUUCCAGUUGUAGAAAACGUUAAAUAUUCUGAGAAUCACUCAGAAUUAUUUGAUGAGUCGACUGGUUUUUCUUAUGAUCCUAUGAGUCCCUUGGUUAAAUGCUCUUAUCUUCCUCGUCAUUCCAUUUGGUGUGAACCUCCCUUAGAUUUAAGGAAUAAUAAGUCCCAAUAUGAUGAAUUGAAAUACGGAUGCUUAAAAUGGGGCGGAAAAGCAGCAGAUUCAGUUGUGCUCACAUCAAUUGUGUGUCAUGCUUUGGACAAUAUUGAGUGCUAUGGGAAUCGUACUUUCUUGUUACCUGAUUUUCCCUGUCUUCAUUACAAAGGACAUUACUUUGUAACAACAUUCAUAUACAGCUUAUUACUAGGAUUUCUUGGUGUUGAUCGACUAUGUCUGGGUCAUACAGGUACAGGCCUCGGUAAACUCCUAACAUUGGGUGGGGCCGGUAUUUGGUGGAUAGUGGAUAUCGUUCUUCUCAUUCGUGGUGAUUUGGGUCCAGCUGAUGGAAGUUCCUGGAUGCCAUUUUACUAG